CUACAUUUUGUGUACCGCUGAUUUCCUUUGUCUUUUUCCUCUUAAACAAUGGCCUGAAAACAACGAAUCAAGUAAAGCAAAACUAAAGUGGGGCUAAUUCUAUUUAUAUUUGGUUUCGAUCGUUUUGAGAGACACACACCAAACUCAAAGCCUUUCAUCUUUGCAUUCGUGUUUGGGCUCCUUCUCUUUAUACUACUUUGAACAUGGCUUCUGCUUCUGAAGCUCCUAAGGAAGUUCUUGAGGCUGACCAGGAAUGGAAGAACGGGAAAGAACCAACACGGCAAGCCAAAUGGUGGUAUGCUACCUUCCAUUCUGUCACGGCCAUGAUAGGUGCAGGGGUCCUCAGCCUGCCCUAUGCCAUGGUUUACUUAGGAUGGGGUCCAGGGACAAUGGUUUUGUCCAUAUCAUGGUGCAUGACGCUAAACACAAUGUGGCAGAUGAUUCAGCUCCAUGAAUGCAUCCCAGGGACUCGUUUCGAUCGAUAUAUCGACCUCGGCCGACAUGCUUUCGGUGAAAAACUUGGCCCCUGGAUUGUGCUGCCACAGCAACUCAUUGUCCAAGUCGGCUGCGACAUAGUGUAUAUGGUGACAGGAGGCAAGUGCAUGAAGAAGUUCAUGGAGAUGGCUUGUGUGAACUGUGUUGAAGUCAAACAAUCUUACUGGAUUUUGAUAUUUGGUUCAAUUCAUCUCUUCCUUUCUCAACUUCCCAAUUUCAAUUCCGUUGCUGGUGUUUCUCUAGCAGCUGCCGUCAUGUCUCUAAGCUAUUCGACAAUUGCAUGGGUUGGGAGCCUGAGCCAUGGUAGAAUCGAAAACGUGAGCUAUGCGUACAAGGAAACCAGCGUCCAAGAUUCAACGUUUAGAGUCUUCAACGCCUUAGGCCAAAUCUCCUUCGCAUUCGCCGGGCACGCCGUGGUUCUGGAGAUUCAAGCCACCAUACCAUCAACGCCGGAGAAACCGUCGAAAGUUCCGAUGUGGAAAGGCGCGGUGGGGGCUUAUAUCAUCAACGCCAUCUGCUACUUUCCGGUGGCUUUGAUCGGAUACUGGGCUUUUGGGCAAGAUGUUGAAGAUAAUGUUCUUUUGAAUUUCAAAAGACCUGCGUGGCUCAUUGCGUCUGCUAAUCUUAUGGUUGUGGUUCAUGUAAUUGGCAGCUACCAGGUGUAUGCCAUGCCUGUGUUCGACAUGUUGGAGAGGAUGAUGAGGAAGAGAUUCAACUUCCCUCAUGGAUUUCUCCUCAGAUUUAUCACUCGAACGGCUUAUGUUGCAUUUACUAUAUUUGUUGGAGUCACCUUCCCUUUCUUCGGAGAUCUGCUUGGUUUCUUUGGUGGCUUUGGAUUUGCUCCAACUUCCUACUUCCUUCCAAGUGUUAUGUGGCUAGUGAUCAAGAAGCCAAAGCGCUACAGUCGCAGUUGGUUCAUCAACUGGGCAAGCAUAUUGAUUGGAGUGUUCAUAAUGUUGGCAUCCACUGUGGGAGGCCUGCGCAAUAUAAUAGCAGAUGCUUCCACUUACACUUUCUAUGCCUAAACCCUUUCUAAUUUUCUUAUGUUUAUGUGUGUUUAUUUUACUUCUUUAUCUUUUCAUAAU